AUGACUACCUCCAUCGAUGCCCAUACUCGCCAAUUCUCCCACAUCAAUGGAUCAACUGCUGACCUACUAGAGAGGUUCGCAGUAUCUGAGCUUUGUAGAGGAUGGCCUGUUUACCGGGAUUCUUCAGAAUGGAAGAACUAUCGCAACCUAUUUACCAAAGAGGCCACGGUCUGGACAACCUGGAGCAAGGGGCGAACGAUUGAUGAUUUCAUCUCCAUCUCCAAGAAAGGAAAAGACAAAGGAGACUUCAUCAUGCACCGAGAAUGCGGCACGCUUGUUGAUUACGCUGCCGAGCACAGACGUGCCAUUGGCAAGAUGAAGGCUACUAUCACCCAGCGCUUCAAAACGCAAGCUGCUCAAGCGACGCCAGAGUGUCCCGUCGGGGCAGAGUAUGAUGUAGACUGCGACUGCCGUUUCAUCUUCUUCUGCUUCAAGGAUCCUGACGCUGGCGGCGACUGGAAGGCUAAGUACGUCAAGCUGUUCUAUGAGAAGGACAAGAUUGUGCCUGUGGAUGGAAACAGAGCCCCUGUUUUCUCGAAAGAACUCUUAGAAUCAUUUCCCGAGGGCUACCAGCAUCUUGCAGCGGCUCAGAGCAGCUUGGGAUAUCCGGUCACGAGGGAUCUGCCCACCGCCCAAAACCACGAGUCUUGGUUUCAGAUGUAUGGGAAAAUGGAGCAAUGGUUGGCGGGCGAGGACGUCAAUUUAUGGUGCGACGAUGAACGCGCACCUAGAGCCAAGAAGGUGCAUCAGACAAAAUUUGGUUCGGUAAAGCAGGGCUGUCAGAGCUUUGGCAGUCCGGACGAGGAAUGCCGCUUCGUGAAGUGGAUGGAGCAGGCAACACUGAUUUCAGGGGCUUCUGCUCACCGAGAGUGCAUUGCUCAACAGGGUUGA